AUGGGCCAUCCUCAAAUAAGCUUCCUAGAUGCCUUUCAAGGAUACCACCAAAUACCUUUAGCUCUGGAUGAUCAGGAGAAGACAAUUUUUGUCACCCCUGUUGGGAAUUACCACGACAAGUUAGGAAAAAAUAUUGAGAUUUAUAUAGAUGACAUGGUGGUUAAGAGUAAGCUGGAAUCCGAGCAUAUUAACAAUCCUGGGAAUAUCUUUGAGAUCCUAAGGAGGCACAAGCUGAAACUUAAUGCUUCUAAGUGCUUUUUUGGUGUCGGAUCAGGGAAGUUCUUGGGAUACAUGGUUACCCGCCAUGGAAUUAAAGUCAAUCCCGACCAAAUUAGGGCAAUUAACAACUUACAGCCACCUUGGAAUCCUAAAAAGGUCCAGAAAUUGACAGUAAUGAUUGCUACCCUAAACCGAUUCGUCUCUCAAUCAGCAGACAGGUGUAGGCCUUUCUUUCAAUUGUUAAAUAAGUGGAAGGGAUUUGAAUGGACCGAGGAGUGCGUCCUGGCCUUCCAGCAGUUAAAGGAAUACCUUUCUCGGCCACCCAUCACGUCCAGGCCCGAGGUAGGGAAGGUUUUGUUUGCUUACAUUGCUAUGGCUUCCCAUGCAGUGAGCCUGGUGCUUGUACAGGUUGAUAGUGGUGUACAGAGACCAAUUUAUUAUGUAAGCAAGUCACUACAUGAGGCCAAAGUCCAUUACUUACCACUGGAGAAGGUCAUUUUAGCAGUAGUGCAUGUUACGCAUAAGCUCUCCCACUACUUCCAAUCACAUACAGUUGCUGUCCUUACCCAACUUUUGCUUAGAUAUCUCUUUCGGAGUGUUGAUUACAUAGGGAGGAUUGCCAAGUGGGGUACGAUCCUAGGGGCUUUUAAUAUCAAGUACAUGCCUUUCACCUUUGUCAAGGGACAAGUCCUUGCUAAUCUGGUGGCUGAGUUUGCUAAAACCCCAUUUAAAGAAAAAAUUGAGAGACAAAACAUGGAUAGAAAAUCAGUUGGCAUGGUCUCACUGCAGGAGCCUUUAUCUUCGAGGGUAUACGUUGAUGGUGUAGCAAAUCAAAGGGGCUCCGAAAUAGGGCUAGUUCUAAUAUCUCCUGAGAAUAUCACUAUUAAGAAAUCCUCAAGACUGGACUUCUCGGCCACCAACAACGAGGGUGAAUAUGAAGCUCUAUUGGUGGGGAUGGCCAUGGUUCAAAAAAUGGGCGGAAAGGUAGUGGAGAUAUUCUCAGAUUCAAGAUUGGUUGUAGGCCAAGUGGGAGGGGAGUUAGAAGCCAGGGAUGUGAGGAUGCAAGAAUAUUUUAAUCGGGUCAGGCACUUGCAGUCAGGAUUUGAGUCUUUUAGCUUGCUGCAUAUUCUUAGGGGUGGAAACACGCAUGCUGACUCUCUAGCGACUCUUGCAACAUCCUUGGCACAGGAUUUACCUCGGGUCAUCCUUGUUGAAGACUUAUGCAAGCCUACUGAGGUGAAGAGAUAUAUGGUCCACAUCCAUCAAAUUAGGGUGGGGCCUAGCUGGAUGGACCCUAUAGUGCUAUUCCUUAAGGAAGAUAUUUUACCCGAGGAGAAAUCAAAAGCUAACAAGAGGAGUUAUACGAAGGGAUUUGUGGAAGCCACAAAGGAGGUAAAUCUUUGUCCCACAGAGCCUUCACUUAGAGAUACUGGAGGACGAACAUGCAAAAGGAAGCACAAGAGUCCUUUCUCUAAGGCAGUAGGGAAUAAGAGAUGGUUGCUAGUCGGCAUGGAUUACUUCACCAAAUGGGUUGAAGCUGAACCACUAGCAAAUAUCAGAGAUAUAGAUGCCAAGAGAUUUAUCUGGAAAAAUAUUGUCACUCGGUUUGGAAUCCCUUGUACACUCAUCUCAGACAAUGGUUUUCUAUUUGACAGCAAAGCCUUUAGGAGGUAUUGUUGUGACUUAGGCAUAACAAAUAGAUAUUCCACCCCGGCAUAUCCACAGGAAAAUGGACAAGCCGAGGCUGUCAAUAAGGUCAUAGUGGGUGGGCUCAAAAAGAGGCUAGAUGACGCAAAGGGAAAGUGGUUCAGUUCAUUUCACUAA